GGGGCCGGCGCUACGAAGCUGGCUCGGCCCUGCCCGGUGCUCUAGGUCCAGAGAAGGGGCGGAGGGGGCAGUGCGGCGGCCGGGAAAUCGGGGUACAGCCCAGAGUGGAGGGUCCGGAGGAACAGGCAGGGAGCAGAAUGAAUUCGACAUCCCCCAGACUUGCGCCAGCCGGGGAAACACACGUGCGGCUGCACAGGCAUGAGCCAAAUGCUGGGGAGGAGGUGUUCACAGAGUGCUGUGCGCAGCGACGAAUGUCCAGAAUUUCCAUAUCACUGGUUUUAAGAGAGCUGGUUAUGUUUGAGGAGUCAGUGACCUUCGAGGAUGUGGCCGUCUACUUCUCUGAGAAUGAAUGGAUCGGCCUGGCCCCUGCUCAGAGGGUCCUGUACAGGGACGUGAUGCUGGAGAAUUAUGGGGUUGUGGCUUCCCUGGCAUUUCCAUUUCCCAAACCGGCUCUGAUUUCCCAGCUGGAGCGAGGGGAAGCGCCCUGGUGCAAGGCUCCUCAGGGAGCUCUGGAUGGAGAGUGCCCGAGGGGCGUCUCCACAGGAUAUCCAUUUCUGAAGCCUGCUGCGAUCUCCCAUCUUGAACAGGUGGAAGAGCCGUUGAACCUGAAACUGCAAGGAGAGGGUCCAAGCCUAAUCUGUACUGAGGGUGUGUUGAAGAGUGAGAAAGAAGAUUUUAUUCUGAAGGAGGAAGGUUUUGAGGAGGCAAAAGACCACAUGGUGCUGUCAAGUGGACCCCGGUGGUAUGGUUCCCAGGAAUUCUGGUUUGGGAAAACCUGUGAGGACGGAAAAAGCAGGUUAGGGAGGUGGCGCAACUACUCCAAUGGGAAAAGUGUGGAGAACACUGCAAAUGAUGUUAUAGAAGUGAUUGUCAAAGAUGAGAUGAUCUCAGGAGAAGAUGGUUCAGAGAAUACUGAUGUUAAUACUCACCUUGUUAUACAUGAGAAGAUUCUCAGUGAGCAGGUAUUCUGUAUAUGUGAAGAAUGUGGCAAGUGUUUUGAUCAAACUGAAGACUUUGACCAACAUCAGAGAGUUCAUAAUGGAGAGAAGAUCUAUGGUUGUAAGGAAUGUGGGAAGACUUUCAGUUUUAGAUCACAUUGCCUUGCACAUCAGAGAAUUCACACUGGGGUGAAACCCUAUGUGUGUCAAGAAUGUGCUAAAGCCUUUGUUUGGAAGUCAAACCUGAUUCGGCACCAGAGAAUACAUACUGGAGAGAAGCCCUUUGAAUGUAAGGAAUGUGGGAAGGGCUUUAGUCAGAACACAAGCCUUACACAACAUCAGCGAAUCCAUACUGGAGAAAAACCAUAUACUUGUAAGGAAUGUGGGAAAAGCUUUACUCGGAACCCAGCCCUGCUUCGACAUCAGAGAAUCCACACUGGGGAGAAGCCUUAUGAAUGUAAGGACUGUGGAAAAGGUUUCAUGUGGAACUCAGAUCUUGCUCAGCACCAGAGGGUCCACACGGGGGAGAAGCCCCAUGAAUGUACUGACUGUGGGAAAAGCUUCAUUUGCAAGGCACACCUUAUCCGACAUCAGAGAAUCCAUACUGGGGAAAGGCCCUAUAAAUGUAAUGAUUGUGGGAAGGCCUUCAGUCAGAAUUCUGUUUUGAUUAAGCACCAGAGGCGCCAUGCUAGAGAGAAACCCUGUAAUUAUCACACCUCUCACCUUCUUGAACAUUAGAGAAGGCAUAAGGGUGAUGCUUGUUUAUAAUUCUUAUGCUACAGGAGCCCCAGAGACAAAACGAGAUGACUGUCCACGGUUUGUUAUAACUCUAAUAGUCAGUAUUAUCUUGCCCCUUCUGAACAGAUACCCUGUACUCUAGCAAGAUGGUCCCACUGUUCAACCAUGUUCGUGCUAGGCAACUUUUAGUUGAGCAUCUGCUCUGUCAGGCACUUGCUAACCACUUUACAUACAUUCUUUUGUUUUCCUUAAUCCUGUUAAGGUAGGUACUUGUCCUCAUUUUACUAAUGAGAAGUCUGAGGUUGAAAGAAGUUGUAAAACUCAUUCAAGGUUACUCAGCUAAUAUGUUACAGAAUAGAGAUUGAAAUCAGGCCUAUCUGACUCCAGAGUUUUCUGUUCUUUAUUUGUACACAUUUCUGCUUCUGUUCAUUUCUAUUUGCUCAAGUUUCCCUGGGCUACAAAUUUCCCUUCCUCAUCUAAGACCCAGCUCCUUUAACUGAACAGACCCCUGUUCCUCUUCUACUUGUAGUCAGUACUGUCCACAUUGGUAUUUAACUGUGUGCUGUCUUAUAUUUUUCUAAUGUCUCACGUGUGUUAGUCCAGCUAAAUGGCUCUUUGAGGACCAACACUAUUUCUUUUAUGUUUUUCAAAUUCUGAAACUUAACUUAUUUUUUACUAGAUAUAACAUGCUCAUGAUAAAAAAAAGUUGAAAUAGUUCAAAAAGGUGUUCAUUGAAAAGUAAAUCUUGUCACUCCUGUCUCCCAGUCUACCUCCUUAGAGACCAUCACUGUUACUGGCUGUGUGUCUUCCUGGGCAUAUUCUUUCUAUAUACAAGUGCUUAUUAAUACUGCUUUCAACAGUCUACCUCACUGAAAACCAUUUGAUGUAGAUGAUAGUGCAGUUACAUUGCCAACUCCAGAACUUUCUCUUCCUCAGAAGUUGUGGUCUACUUUGAGAUCACCAAGAUGACUUAAGCAAAGUAACUGAGAGUAGUCUGGGUUAUGCACUUGUGGGAGACCUGACUGCCCUUGUGUUACAAGAUAGGAAUCUGGGACUAGGAAAAUGUAAACCAAGUGGGAGAUUUUUGUUUCCAUAAAAAUUUGUAUAGCUA